AUGGGGAAGGUUAAAUAUCGGUUGGAUUUUCCUGUUGAGCUCAGUCAAAUCCAUAACACCUUACAUGUCUCUCAUUUAUGGAAGUGUAUACCCGAUGAUUCGACGGUGAUUCCUUUGGAUAACGUUCAGUUUGAUGAGUGCUUGAACAAUGUAGAGACACCAAUUACGAUUAUUGACAAGAAGACCAAGAUUCUACGACAAAAAGGAGUGAACCUAGUCAAGGUGCAAUGGAAUCACAGGAAAGGAUCGGAAUGGACGUGGGAUCUUGAAGAAGAUAUGAUGGACUACUACCCAGACUUGUUAUUUGAAGUGGGGUUGCAGUUUGAAAGUCUAUGGAUCACAUCUGGAGCUUAUUUGGAGUCAAUACGCUAA